CUUAGAUUAAUAAUUUUCCCAAUUAAGUAAUAUCCUUUAGUUGGGAAGCACAAUUAAACACAGUGAAUUCUUUUUUUCUUUUUAUGUGUGUUGAGAACAGUGGUGGGUUUCUACCGGUUCGCCCCAGUGGUGGCGGCAAUAGGCUCCACCCACCCGCCCGGACGUCAUACGGAUGCUCUGCACAUGUGCAAAGGGUUCUGUGCAUGCGCAGAAGCACCGCGUGCGCGCUCCCGGUUCCGAACUGGCAGUGAAGGUAAGUGAAACCCACUACUGAUUGAGAAAGAGAGAAAAUGAUACUUUUGUAAAAAAAUCAAUUAUUGUACCCUGUUUUCCCCAAAAUAAGACAUCCCCCGAAUGUCUUAUUGAGCGCAUGGCAAUAAGGAUAAAAAAAAAUAUAAGACAGGGUCUUAUUUUCGGGAAAACAAGGUAAAUAGAGAUGAAUGAUAAAGUAUAACAAAGGCUUAGCUGAAAAAACUGAAGAUUUGAGCCAAAGUAAGUUUGAGAGAGAUGUGAAAAGUUAGUUACAAGUAACUAAAAGGUUCUUUUAGAGUCCACCUCCCAUGGACUCUGUUUGCAUUUGGCCAAGGGAUGUAAACCACACUGUUUGGAAAACCCUGAUCUAAAGUGUUCUGGCUUCCUUCCUUUUUUUUAUCUUAGAUCUGCUGCAUUUCAGAAUGAACCUAUUAUGUUCCCUGCUUAUGUUCGUAUUAUUCUUCAGAGUUCAGUUUGGAAAACCUGCAGACAGCUAUUAUCCUCUAAAGAGCUUCUGGCCUCAAGCUAAACCCUCCAGAGGCACAGCCAACUGGAUCCACUGGGCUAAUGACAUCCCAUGUUCUGAAAGGAGCUUCAGCUCUGCUGCAGAAGGUCUGAAACCCACAGUAACCCUUCUGUGCAAGCGGCAAGAGCAUCAAAUGCAGUUAUGGCCAGGGACGCCUCCAACAAAAAGCAAGGGGGUUCCAUUACUGGAAGGGGCAUUGCUGUUAGAAGGGACCCAGGAUCUCUCCACCUACAACUGGAAUUCCUUUGGGUUAAGAUAUGGAAAGAGGCAAGCAGUAAAAGCCCAGGAAAAAUCAAGAAAGCCUCAAGCAUAAUGGAGAGGGGGGUAUACAGAGGAGGGGAUGGUUUGAGAUGGAUCCCUUUUUCAUUGUUCCAAAGUUAUAACUACCGACAUUCUUUAAAUAUUAUUGUUGUUCAGU